AUGGCCAAGAUUAGCACCCAAUACUCUCACUCCUCCCUAAGAAACCCUCCUGUAAGAAGCAAGGACAGAGAUCUUGAUCGACUUGAAAAUGGCCUCAGCAGGACCCACCCGUCAUGCAAGGAGACAUCAGCAGAGCCUCAGCAAAGGAUCACCAUGGAGACCAGAGGGCUGGCUGAAUCCAGGGGAAGCCCCUUCUCAGGCCCAGGACCUGCCAGGCUGUCUCGCUUCAUCAUCUCCAUGCGUGCAUGGGCUGCAAGGCAUUUGAACCAAGAGGACCAGAGAGCUGACUCUUUUCUUGACCGUUUCCGUGAAACUGAGCUCAAGGAAGUAUCUAGCCAAGAAAGCAAUGUCCAACCAAACCUGGGCAGCAACGAGCCCUCAGAAAGAGGGACAAGCAACUGGCCCCUGGCCAGGGCCAAUAUCAACGCAAGCAACAACUCAGUGGAUGACGAGGCAAGAAAGGAGAAGAGAGAGAAAAAGGAAGAUGAGCAAAAGAAAAACAGUCCCAGACCAGAGGAGAAACCCACCAUGGUGUUGGACCCCUCCAGUGAUGUGUACUACCGUUGGCUCACCAUCAUUGCCCUGCCUGUCUUCUACAACUGGUGUCUGCUUGUGUGUAGGGCCUGCUUUGAUGAGCUGCAGUCUGAGCAUCUGGUGCUAUGGCUGGUCCUAGACUACAUGGCAGACGGCCUCUAUAUCCUGGAUGUGGUGGUGCGAGCCCGAACAGGCUUCCUAGAGCAAGGCUUGAUGGUCAAGGAUACAGAGAGACUGUGGAAGCAUUACACCAAGACCCUGCACUUCAAGCUGGACAUGCUAUCACUGGUCCCUACAGACCUGGCUUAUUUAAAGUUAGGAAUGAACUUCCCUGAACUGAGGUUCAACCGCCUACUGCGAUUCCCCCGGCUCUUUGAAUUCUUUGACCGGACAGAGACAAGGACCAACUACCCCAAUAUGUUCAGGAUUGGGAAUCUCGUGUUAUACAUUUUAAUCAUCAUCCACUGGAAUGCCUGUAUCUACUUUGCCAUUUCUAAGUCCAUUGGUUUUGGGACAGAUUCCUGGGUUUACCCAAAUAUCUCAAACCCAGAGUAUGGGCGCUUAUCCAGGAAGUACAUUUAUAGUCUCUACUGGUCCACCUUGACCCUCACCACGAUUGGGGAAACCCCAGCCCCUGUGAAAGAUGAGGAAUAUCUUUUUGUCGUCAUAGACUUCCUGGUGGGAGUCCUGAUUUUUGCUACCAUCGUGGGCAAUGUGGGCUCCAUGAUCUCCAACAUGAAUGCUUCCCGGGCUGAGUUUCAGGCUAAAAUUGACUCCAUUAAACAGUACAUGCAGUUUCGUAAGGUGACAAAAGACCUGGAGACACGAGUCAUCCGCUGGUUUGACUACUUGUGGGCCAACAGGAAGACAGUAGAUGAGAAAGAGGUGCUCAAGAACCUGCCAGACAAACUGAAGGCAGAGAUUGCCAUCAAUGUUCACCUGGACACACUGCGGAAGGUGCGGAUCUUCCAGGACUGUGAGGCAGGCCUGCUGGUCGAACUUGUGCUGAAGCUUCGGCCUGCUGUAUUCAGCCCUGGGGAUUACAUUUGCAAGAAGGGGGACAUUGGACGAGAAAUGUACAUCAUCAAGGAAGGCAAGCUGGCAGUGGUUGCUGAUGAUGGCAUCACCCAGUUUGUUGUGCUCAGUGAUGGGAGCUACUUUGGGGAGAUCAGCAUCUUAAAUAUUAAAGGGAGUAAGUCAGGGAACCGUAGGACAGCCAACAUCCGGAGCAUUGGCUACUCAGACCUGUUCUGCCUUUCCAAGGAUGACUUGAUGGAAGCUCUCACUGAGUACCCUGAUGCUAAGAAGGCCCUCGAGGAGAAGGGAAGGCAGAUCUUGAUGAAGGACAACCUGAUUGAUGAUGAUCUGGCCAGAGCUGGGGAGGACCCUCAGGACAUAGAGGAGAAAGUGGAGCAUCUGGAAUCCUCCUUAGACAUACUUCAGACCAGGUUUGCAAGGCUCCUGGCAGAAUACAAUGCCUCACAGAUGAAGGUGAAGCAACGACUUAGCCAGCUGGAAAGCCAGAUGAAGAUGGGUGUUUGGGAGCUCCACUCUAAUGGGGAGGCACCUGCUGCAGAAACAAAGGUCACAGAACAGUGA